AUGCAACACAUAACAGAUAUACCUCCUUUCAAUCUAAGAUACGACAUAGAUAGAGAUGCAGAGGAUACCUUCCUCGAUCUCAAAGGUAGAUGUCUGAUCUGCAAUGAGAAUCAAGAGAGGAGGGAGUACUUCCAACAUCUACUUGGUUGUGUUCUAUUGCGAUGCAAAUCAACCGGGUUGGACACCAACAAUGUGAUCACAACUACCACUCAAUAUUUCGAGAGUAUCAACAAGAGAAGGAGGCUAGACAGGAUGAGGGAGAUGUCCAGUGACCAAUCAUCGUCAUCAUCGCAAGUUUACUCGAGUGCUUCGAGUAUGCAGUUUCACAACGACACAUUCCUUGAUGAUGCAGCGUCCUCCCAAUCCCCUGUCUGGUCAACCACACCUCCAACUAGAGACUCCGUACAACUUGUGUACCAACAUUGUAUCGACGCGAAACAAUGUAUUGGACUAUGCAGCGCUCGUGUCACUGGUCGCAAUCAGAACAAUGUAUAUAUAUAUCCAUUGACCAGCAGCUCUUUGGUGUGUGCGAACCUGGCAAGCAUUUCAAAGACAGAGAUCUUACGAAUCGAAUCAAUAGUUUGCUCCAACUGGCGAUCCAGUCAGGACCAAACACUCAGCUUCUUGACAUCGACCCCGUUGGCACGCUCUGUUUCUAUGGCCAGAAGAAGAAGGCCUGCACCAACAACUGUGGACACAGGUUCUACAUCUACCAACCAUCUCACAAGGGCGAUGACAAUUUCACAUUCCGAUUCUGUUCAAUCACUUGCUUGCUUAAGA